UUAACUGCCCAGGAUCUUACACUUCUAGUAAUCUGGAAGCCGAAAAUGCGGAGAGGGUGUGCAAGAAAAUGGAGCAACUUUCCGAACUAUCUGAAUCUCCACAGAAAAAGUGCGGAAGAUCUGAUAGGUACAGCUUGCGCAAAAGUUUAGCAUGGGAUAGUGAAUUUUUCACCGGUGAAGGCGUUCUUAACCCUGAAGAGCUGGCUUUCAUCAAUUCCACAUAUAGCAAAGCUGUUGGAAUAAAGUUACCUGGAAUUCACGAAGAAUUAAGACAAUCCGCGGAGUCAACCUCUACGUUGGAUAGUGAAAGCCGAGCAUUGGACAACCUUGAAGUACGUUUGUUUGAGAAUCUUAGAGCUUCUAGUAAGAUUUCGUUGUCUGAAUCAAAUCAAACUGCCAAUAUGGAGCCUUCUGGUAAAGCAAAAGAACAACGCAAGCUAGAUAAACCACACCUGAGAAGUUUGAAGAAGCUUGAUAUUUCAUCUCAAACCAAGGUUUGCUGCUUAUUCAAUUCUUAG